CAGUCACCACCAAAACUCACAAGCCUGCCUGCCUACCUACCUGAUUGUAUACAUACUGGCAUACAUCAUCCUUACGCCCUUCUUCCAAACUCGAUGAUGGUCACCUGGAUGAGAUAGACAGGAGAGAUCGAGAGAUCAGGAGGGACUGAAACUGAUCUAUUAUGGUUUAAUUUAAUCCUCCGGCCAGGGGUGUAUGCAUGCAUGGAACCAGCAGCCGUCGAUUCCCCAGUUCCCGGCGGAGGCCGCGACAACGAAGACGACGCUCCUGAUCCACCUCAACCUCCUCCUCCUCCUCAGCAGCAGCAGCAGCAGCAGCAAAAGCCUAGUCGAUACGAGUCGCAGAAGCGACGCGACUGGAACACCUUCCUCCAGUUCCUUUCGAAUCACUACAAGCCAGCUCUACCCCUGGCGCUGUGCGGCGGCCCUCACGUGGUGGAGUUCCUCAAGUACCUGGACCAGUUCGGGAAGACGAAGGUGCACGUGGCGGGGUGCUCCCACUUCGGACUCCCCCGGCCGCCGGGCCCCUGCGGCUGCCCCACCCGCCAGGCCUGGGGCUCCCUCGACGCCCUCAUCGGCCGCCUCCGCGCCGCAUACGACGAGAACGCAUCGCCAACAGCCGGAGGCCCCAAUCCCUUCGGUGCCCGGGCGGUCAAGGCGCACCUCCGGGAGGUGAGGGAGAGCCAGGCCAAGGCCCGCGGCGUCGCCUACGACAAGAAGAAGAGGAAGAGGCGCCACCAACUGCUGCUGCCACCCUCCGGCGAGGGGAGUUCCUCAGCUGCUACUAGUGCUGCAACGGCUGUAACUGUGGCAGUUGCUGGCUCUAGUACAGCUGCUGCUGCUGCUGCUGCUGCUGCAACUGAUCAAGGUGGAAGUUUAGGGAUUAGGGAUCCGGGCCAUGCAGAUGAGACAGGGAAUUUAACGUCCGAUUCAUGAGGACGUGAUUGAUUAUACUUCGAUUCCCUUCGAUUGCUUGUUACUAAUCCUCUUUGGUUCUUCAUGAUCAGCAGGUAAAUUAAUUGUAAAUAAUAUUAUUACAAAUUGCAAUUAAGCAUCCAUGCAUGCCUGUUCAUGACAAUCUACUCAUCAUGGAUAUAAAUGUUCCGACUAGUUAGGUCGAUCUAGGAUUGAGAUACAUGUUUCUUCGAGUCAUUAAGCACAUUUUUGUUACUUAAUCAAGAACAAAAACAUAAACAGGAAGAAACUAGCUAGUUAUUUGUGUACACCAAGACAUUAGGUAAUUAGUACUGUAAUUACUGCUGUUAACCUUUUGGAUUAUUUGUUAUAUUGGUUUGGAAAUGAAAUAGAAAGAACAUGAACUUGUUCAUGUUUGAUCAUUCAA